AUGGACCCCGCAACGAAGCGUGAGCUCGCACAGCUUAUGGCUCGCGAGGAUCUCAACAACCAUCGCUGUGCAGAUUGCGGCGAACGUCUCCCACAAUGGGUCUCCUUAUCGCAUGCAAUAUGGAUAUGCCUGAGUUGCGCUGGAAUCCAUAGGGGCUUUGGUGUCCACAUAAGUUUUGUCCGCAGUGCUCAGAUGGAUGCAUUCAGUGCAGACCAGCUUCGUCGCAUGAAGUUGGGAGGAAAUGCACCAUUCAUCCAGUUUCUGAAGACCUACUCACCAAAGGAUAAGGGAGGAUACUCUCCGGAAAUGAGUGUCCGUGAUAAAUACCAUUGCUGGGCUGCUCAACAGUACCGAGAAAAGGCCCAGGUUGAUGGCCAACCAUGGGUGCCUUCGUACCCGCUCGAGAAUUCGGCUGCUCCAGACCUUGCUCAGGGACUCCGUAAAUCUCGGGGACGCUCUGGUGUGACGCAUGACGAUCAGACAUCAGUGGAGGGAUUUUCAUCUGAGAGGGGCCGCCUGAUUCCUGCAUCCCUGGACGAGAAGGCAGCAAAAGAGGCUUAUUUUGCAUCUCUCGGUGCCGCAAAUGCGACACGCUCCGCCGAUCUCCCCCCCUCACAAGGAGGGCGCUACGCAGGUUUUGGAAACACACCAGAGACCUCUUCAACCCAACACACAUCCGCUGGCCUCUCCUCCGCCACUACAUCAUUGAGCGAGAUUCAAGCUGAUCCCAUGGCAGCCCUAGGCAAGGGCUGGUCUUUAUUCUCGUCCGCUGUCGUUGGAGCCUCGCGUGUCGUCAAUGAGAGUGUCAUUCAGCCAGGCGUAGAAAAAUUAACGGAUCCCAACUUACGCGAUGAUAUCGUCCGCGGGGUGAGCUCCUCCGCCAAGAAUGCUAACGAGUGGGGUCGGGCUCAAUUGGGCGUGGACGUUGGUGGACUGUUUGCCGGAAUCGCCAAUACGAGGGGCUCGUAUGCAGCGAUUGACCCACAGGGAGAUCAUCCCGAGGACGAACAUUUGACUUCGGCCCUCUACCCGAAUGCAGGGGACGAUGAUUUUUUCAAGCAACUCAACGAUUACGCCCCGAAAAACAAUGACGCCAAAACGUCUGCUGCGGUUUUGUCUCAAGGAAACAGAACAACAACGGGUAAUGAGGGUCGUGCCGAAAAGACCAAUGAUUGGGGUGACGAUGAAUGGAAAGAUUUCUGA